CCCUAAAUGUCGAAGCGCCGCCCCCUUCUCUCGCUUUUGUUUUUUCGCCCCCAAGGGCGACGGGGGGAACGAAUGGGCUGGAGAAUCAAAAUGAGAGACAUAGAGAGAGAGAGAGGGAGUAAGAGAAAGCGAGUGAGUGAAUGAGGGAAAGAAAGAGAGAAAACGGAUGCUCAUACUUACGUUGCCUCUUCGUGUUCCCCUUCGUGUUCCUCCUCCUCUCGUCCUCGUGUAACACCCGUCCCGUCUCCGCGCGCGUGCAAGCGCCGCCUACGCUACACAGGCAGAGAGAGAAUGGGGGGGAAGGGGGACGGAAACGGAUGGAGAGAUAUGGGUUGGGCACGUUGCAUGCCCAGGCCGGGCGACAACAUCCUUGCGAUGCAUCCGUACACGGACGGGGGCCCGUCCAGAUGCACACAUGCCUCUUCUUCUUUUCGAGCGUCGCACCGCAUCCCCCAUUCCCCCUUUCGGUCCUCGGUAGCCCGCCGUGUGUCUCGUCUCGUCUCGUCCCUGGUGCUGUCUCUCUCGCCUUGGCUUGUCCUACCUACUUACUGGCUUGCCGACCUGCCUCCCUGGCCGGUUACGUCUACGGUUGUACCCGGUCACCACCCGUACGCGCGCGACCUGCCCAGGCCUGGCGCCAGAGUUGACAAAGUCCCCAUCCCUUCCCCCCCCCCGAGACCCGCUCGGCGCCGAGCUGCUUGCGCCGCGUGUUUCUCGCCAAAGUUGGAACCGGCAUUGCGGCUACCGCGAGCCUUGUUGUUCUUCUCGUUUCUCGUCUGGCUCGACCUGACCUGACUUGCCCUGACCUGGCCGUCUCGGAUCCUUCAUUCCAUCCCCGUCCGAUGCUCCCCAAUGUAGGAAUUGUCCGAGGGCGAGCGUCGCGUGGGUGGGCCGUAUGUCUCUCGCUCUCGCUCUCGCUCUCGCUCUCUCACUCUCAAUCCCUCCCCCCCCCUUUCCCCCCAACGCCGUGUACC